AUGCUCCACCUAAUGGUGGAUUUGGGUUAGUAUAUCUCUAAUUAAAUUUAGCAAAAACUUUAUCUCUAUUAUUUUAGUAGUAGGAUUCUAAAUCAUUUGUAUAUUUAUUUAUAGGAGCUUCAAAAGGUUGUUAAUAAUAUGAAUUAAACUAGUUUGGAAUCAUAGUAAACUAGUUAAAAUUUUAAUCCUACUAAUACGGUUAUUGUUAUUAAUCAUACUGAGGUUGCUAAUAAGCAUUAGAGUGAAUUGAUGGAAACAUUUUUUACACUUUUUAUUCUAUUUAAUUAUUUAUCAAAAUGCAAUAGACUAAAUUGA